AUGGACUAUACUCAGAACAUCAUGAAGAUCCCGGAUUUGCCCCAAAGCUUGAAAUGUAUUUCGAUGGGCACAAAAUAUGCUCUCGAACCGCGACCACUCCCCCAGGUGCGGAAAGGGCAACCAGCUCCCUACCUUGGUCUACGAUCUAGGCUGUCCCAGAUCUGGCUCAAUUGUUGGACGGCAUUAUUAAUCCUCGUGUUGGCUCGGCUUGUUAUGCUCAUCUCCGGUCUCAACGAGAACAUCACUGAUGCGAAGGACAAAGCACUCUCUGCUUGCACAAAGGUGGAGGAUAUAGGUAGCGCUAUGGCAUCUAUGCCGCAUUACCUCUCGCACGGAGUCAACAAACUGGCUGUAGAAAGUAUUGCCCGCGAGGUCAGCGGCAUGGUGAAUAUGCUUCUGUUGGUUCUCACCGUCGUCGAGAACAUUAUUUACUUCGCUAUCAGCUUUCAUGUUGGAACGUAUGUCUGCCUCAUCGCCGCCUUCGUUUACGGUGCGUUCGACGUUGGCAUUGGCGCCGCGGACGCCAUGGCUGAGCAAAUGAGCAACGCCAUCGGCAAGAUUACCGAAGGCCUCAACGACGAGGUCAACAAGUUUCAGAACACAAUCAACGAUUUGACAAGCAACUUUAAUAGAGGGGCCAGCCUCGGCGGUCUCCUGGGCGGCAAUUUUGUUACCCUGCCCAAGUUAGAUAUCUCUGGCAGCCUGGGUGAUCUGAAGAGCAUCCAUAUCGACAGUGGCGAUUUCGUACACAGUCUCAAGGACAUGAAAGAAAAGACGCCAUCCUUUGACGACGUGCAAAACUUCACCAAGCGGACCAUCGCCGUUCCUUUUGAUCUCGUAAGGAAGGAACUCAAUCAAAGCUCUGGCGCGUGGCUGCCGCCAAAUGAUAUGUUCCCGCUGGCACCAAAACAGUCGUUGUCGUUCUGUUCCGACAACACGGCUGUCCUCGACUUUUUCAACGGGCUAUAUAGGAUCGUGCACCGCGCCCAAGUUGCGUUCCUCGUGAUCGUACCAAUUCUCGCCUUGCUUGCAUGCGUUCUUAUGGCGUUAUUGGAAGCUAGGCGGUACUAUAACCAAAAGAAGCUUGCUCAACAGAUGCUUGAUGGGGAGUACGACGCCAUGGACGCUCUCUACCAAGGAUCUCGUCCACUUUCAUCUGCCUUGGGCCUGUGGAUCGGAAGCAAGCUGAAGGGGAGCGAUCGUGAGUAUCUCGCGAGGUGGGCCUGGGCCUAUGCGACAUCUACGCCUGCGCUUUUUGUGUUUUGGCUGGCAGUUGCUGGCCUGCUUUCCUGUCUUUGUCAGCUUAUCAUUUUUCAGCUGGUAAAGAAGGAGGCGCCUGUGUUGAUCAACAGGGUCAGCGAUUUUGCCAAGGACGUGGUGAACACCCUUGAUGGGGUGUCGACCAGGUGGGCCACCGACGCAAAUAAGGUCUUGGUCAAGCAUACCGACGACAUCAACACCAAGCUCCUCAGCAACGUAAAGACGGUAACUUCGGCAGUCAAUAAUACACUCAGUACUUUCCAGACCGAGAUGAACAGGCGAUUGGAUGACGUCUUCAAAGGCACUGUACUGCAUAAAGUCGUCAAGGACGUGGUUCGAUGUCUGCUGGGGCUCAAGAUCGAGGCGGUCGAAAACGGAAUAAAGUGGGUCAACGAACAAGCACAUUUUUCCUUCCCGCUCUUCCCCCGAGAUUUGUUCAGCUCUGGGGCGCAGCAAGCCAUCUUGGGCGAUUCGAGCAUGACUUCGUUUCUCUCAAGCCCAUCCACUGUAACGACCGAUGAGAUCUCUGCGGCUGUGUACCAGGUCAUCAACCGCCUGCGAAAUGGAAUGAUCCGUGACGCACUCAUCUCGGCCGGCUUGCUGCUGGUAUACCUUGUUUUUGUGCUGGUGGGUGUGAUUCGCCUACUAUUCAACAUCAAGGGACCCACAAGACCCGUUGGCAGUACUACAGCCAACGCAUGCAAUACCCAUUUCACGAUUGAGACUUUGCAGCAUAAGAACUGGUGCACCAAGAGACCCCACCACAAGCGCACACAGACUAGCCCCGCGGACAACGGUCUCGUGACUUUGUCGCAGGAUGAAAUGCUGCUAUUCUAUCAAUGCUAUCUUAUGAAUAAAGACGGACAGUGGGGUUACGGCCCUAAAUCUCGGAGGUACGGAGACAUGUGA